UAGUAGGGUAUUUCCUCUCCCUCAGAAGAAUUAGCUUCGAGGCCUUCGGCGCUCCACCCAGCACGCUCCACCGAGGCCGGCGGCGAUUAAUCGUUCGGGGGGAUGGGGAAGAAGACGAAGAAGCCCGGCAAGGGAAAGGAGAAGACGGAGCGGAAGACGGCGAAGGCUGAGGAGAAGAAAUCCCGCAGGGAGAGUAAGAAGAACACCUCUCAGGAGGACGACAUCGAUGCCAUACUCAAAAACAUACAGAAGGAGGAGGCCAAGAAGAAGGAAGUUCAUGUUGAGGAUAACGUCUCAGCCCCUUCUCCCCGUUCUGGUUGUUCGAUGACAAUCAAUCCAUUGAAAGAAACUGAGUUGAUUUUUUAUGGGGGAGAGUUUUACAAUGGAAACAAGACUUUUGUUUAUGGUGACCUUUAUCGUUAUGAUGUAGAAAAAAAUGAAUGGAAGUUGAUAUCAAGUCCUAACAGCCCUCCUCCCCGUAGUGCCCAUCAAGCUGUUGCAUGGAAAAACCAUCUUUACAUAUUUGGUGGUGAAUUUACAUCUCCAAAUCAAGAACGUUUCCAUCAUUAUAAGGAUUUUUGGAUGUUAGAUAUGAAAACGAAUCAAUGGGAGCAGUUGCUUCAAAAAGGAUGCCCUAGUGCACGCUCAGGUCAUCGAAUGGUGUUGUACAAGCACAAAAUCAUUGUUUUUGGUGGCUUUUAUGAUACUCUUAGGGAAGUAAGAUACUACAAUGAUUUGUAUGUUUUCGAUCUCGAUCAAUUUAAGUGGCAAGAAAUAAAACCUCGACCUGGGUGCUUGUGGCCAAGUGCACGAAGUGGAUUUCAACUUUUUGUUUACCAAGAUGAAAUUUUCUUACAUGGAGGCUAUUCAAAGGAAGUUGUGUCUGAUAAACAUGGAUCAGAGAAAGGAAUCGUCCACUCUGAUACAUGGUCACUUGAUCCUAGGACAUGGGAAUGGAAUAAGGUAAAAAAGAGUGGGAUACCUCCUGGGCCUCGUGCUGGAUUUUCAGUUUGUGUCCACAAGAAGAGAGCUGUCCUUUUUGGAGGAGUUGUGGACAUGGAAACUCAAGGUGACGUACUCAUGAGCUUGUUUAUGAAUGAACUGUAUGGCUUCCAGAUGGAUAGCCAUAGAUGGUAUCCAUUGGAGCUACGGAAGGACAAAUCUUCUAAGAAUAAGUUAAAAGGAGUCAAGGUCAAUGCUCCGAGGAAGGAAAUUCAAGAAGAUGCAGCGGUGUCUGAAGACGAUGAUGGGAAUGAGAAUAUGGUAAAUCACGAUGUAGCAGUUGUUACUGGAGAUGGUGAUGAUGAGGUUUCUCAUCAGUUGGCCAAGAGUCUCUCCUUUGAUUCUGCAAUGCCAAAAAGGGUUCCUGAUGUGAGAGUGCAAGGACUAUGUGUUGAUUCUGGGUUAGAAACAUCCAUUUCGUCUGAGGCAGCAAAGCCUUGUGGACGAAUUAAUUCUUGCAUGGUUGUUGGGAAAGAUACACUCUACUUGUAUGGUGGAAUGAUGGAAGUUAAAGAUCGUGAGAUCACACUGGAUGAUUUAUACUCCCUUAACCUUAGCAAAUUAGAUGAGUGGAAGUGCAUCAAACAGGCAUCUGAAUCUGAGUGGUUAGAAAUGUCUGAGGACGACGAUGAUGAAGACGACAAUGAUGAUGACGAUACUGAAGAAGGUAGCAGCAGUGAUAGUGAUGAGACAGAAGAUGACGAUGAUGAUGAGAAUCCAGAUGGUGGCAAAAUUAUAUUGGAUAUGGGAAGUGCCGUUUCUGUUAUAAGAGGUGAAGGAAAGAAGUUGCGGAGAAAAGAGAAAAGAGCCAGGAUAGAACAGAUAAGAAUGAGCCUUGGUCUUUCAGAUUCUCAGAGAACACCAGUGCCCGGAGAAACUUUAAGAGACUUCUACAGAAGAACAUGUACGUAUUGGCAAAUGGCUGCCCACGAGCACACUCAACAUACUGGAAAGGAACUUAGGAAAGAUGGUUUUGAUCUUGCCGAGGCUCGUUACAAGGAGCUCAAACCCAUACUCGAUGAGUUAGCCAUCCUAGAGGCCGAACAGAAGGCUGAAGAGGCAGAGGCAGAGGCAGAGACUAGUUCGAGAAAGAAGGGGAGUAAAAGUAAGACGAAAGACUCGCGAAAGUAGGUAUUCGGUCAACAUGAAAUAUGCCGAAAACGAAUUCAACUUCGUAUCAGUGGUAAUUUUGUUUUAAAAAUAAAUACUUUUGUAUUUAUUUUUUUGCAUUUAUGUCAUUAACUAAGUGCAGUUUUCUUC